AUGGUGGCUGAUCUUAAGAGACCUGGUGAAGAAGAAGAGUACGGCUCUGAAAAGAAGCUUAGGUUACAGUCCUUUGAUCAUGGUGUCGGUAGUGAACCUGUUUCCCAUCUAGAGAUUGUUCCUAGUGAUUCCUAUGCUAAGCAUAAGAGUAAAGGGUUUAAGGCUGAUGAAUCUGAUAUAAGAGGUUCCCAACAGGCAUCCCUUUUUGAAGAGCAGUUGUCUUUGAUGGAUCAUAAGGAAGCAGAAGUAGGAGAGCAUAAAGAGAAGUAUGGCAGAGACCCACUGCCUAAAGAUUUUAAUCCAGAGACACAUGAAAUCUCAUUCCAACAACUAGAGGCAGAGCAAAGUACUCUACCGUUCUCGAAAGAUGAAGGUACUUCUACUAUUGUAAGGUUUUUUGGUGUUACAAAGGACGGUCAUUCCAUACUCUGUAAUGUUACUGGAUUCAAACACUACUUGUACGUUCCAGUGCCAUCAGCACCGGAGGCUCAAGAUCCUAACGAAGUGGCGUCAUUUACUAAAUAUUUAAAUGAGAAUUUUGAAAACAGCGUGGAUCGUAUCGAUAUAGUGUCAAAACAAUCGAUAUGGGGGUACGAAGGUGAGAGCAUGUUACCGUUUUAUCAGGUCUUCGUCACUAAUCCCAACACUGUGAAUAAGAUGCGUACAGCUUUUGAAAAAGGGUAUUUGAGUCAUAAAUCUUGGUUUUCUGCAGGUACAACGACUUAUGAUAAUAUUGCAUUUACACUGAGGAUGAUGAUCGAUUGUGGGAUUUCUGGUAUGUCGUGGAUUACUUUACCAAAAGGCGAAUAUCAGUUAGUUCCUGAGCACGAAAGAGUCUCUACAUGUCAAUUGGAAGUCACUAUCAAUUACAGAAAAUUAGUUUCACAUCCAGCUGAGAACGAAUGGUCACAGGCGAGCCCUCUAAGAAUUUUAUCAUUUGAUAUAGAAUGUUCUGGUAGACCAGGUAUCUUUCCUGAGCCUGAAACAGAUCCUGUAAUUCAAAUAGCGAAUGUGAUGAGUGUUGCAGGUGCCAAAAAACCAUUUAUACGUAAUGUGUUCACAGUGGAUACUUGUUCGCCAAUUACAGGAUCACAAAUCUAUUCCCAUGCUACAGAGGAAGAGAUGUUGAAGCAUUGGCGUGAUUUUGUGGUUGCUGCCGAUCCAGAUAUCAUCAUUGGUUACAACACUUCGAAUUUCGAUUUCCCAUACCUAAUUAAUAGAGCUAAGGCGCUAAAAGUGGAAAGUUUCCCGUAUUUUGGUCGUCUUUUCAACGUUAAACAGGAAAUUACUAGCUCCGUUUUUUCCUCCAAAGCAUACGGUACUAAAGAAUCCAAAAAUAUUAAUAUCGAUGGUCGUUUACAACUCGAUUUACUGCAAUUUAUUCAACGUGAAUAUAAAUUAAGGUCCUAUACUUUGAAUGCUGUGUCUGCACAUUUCUUGGGUGAACAAAAGGAGGACGUUCAUCAUAGUAUUAUUACUUCAUUACAGAAAGGUGAUAGUGAAACAAGAAGAAGGUUGGCGGUAUACUGUUUAAAAGAUGCAUAUUUGCCCCUGAGAUUGAUGGAAAAAUUGAUGGCUUUAGUUAAUUAUACAGAGAUGGCUCGUGUGACAGGUGUUCCAUUUUCCUACUUGUUGAGUCGUGGUCAACAGAUUAAAGUUAUUUCUCAAUUGUUCCGUAAGUGUUUGCAAAUCGAUACUGUAAUUCCCAACAUGCAAUCACAGGCAUCAGACGAACAGUACGAGGGUGCCACUGUCAUUGAACCUAUUCGUGGAUAUUAUGAUAUACCCAUUGCAACAUUGGAUUUCAGCUCUUUGUAUCCCAGUAUCAUGAUGGCUCACAAUCUGUGUUAUACAACUUUAACGAGUAAAUCUACAGUUGAGAAAUUUAAUAUGAAAUUGGAUGAGGACUACAUUAUGACCCCCAAUGGUGAUUAUUUUGUAACUUCUAAAGUCAGGCGUGGUAUUCUACCAACUAUCUUAGAAGAACUAAUUGGUGCCAGAAAGCGCGCUAAGAAGGAUUUAAAGAAUGAAACAGAACCGUUUAGGAAAGAUGUGUUAAAUGGUAGACAAUUGGCAUUGAAGGUUUCGGCAAACUCGGUUUAUGGUUUCACUGGUGCUACUGUAGGUAAAUUGCCCUGCUUAGCCAUUUCAUCUUCUGUGACAUCUUUUGGUCGUAACAUGAUUAUGUUGACCAAGCAGGCGGUAGAGGAGAAGUAUUCCAUCAAGAAUGGGUUCAAGCAUGAUUCCCUUGUGGUUUAUGGUGAUACUGAUUCCGUCAUGGUGAAGUUUGGUACUACGGAUUUGAAAGAAGCGAUGAAACUUGGUGCAGAGGCAGCAGCUUAUGUUUCUACAUUGUUUAAACAUCCAAUUAACUUGGAAUUUGAAAAAGCAUAUUUCCCAUAUCUUUUGAUUAACAAGAAGAGGUACGCUGGGUUGUUUUGGACAAAUCCUGAUAAGUAUGAUAAGAUAGAUCAGAAGGGUCUGGCUUCUGUCCGUCGUGAUUCCUGUCCUCUGGUUUCUAUUGUGAUGAAUAAAGUGUUGAAGAAAAUUCUAAUUGAAAGAAAUGUUGAGGGGGCAUUAGGUUUUGUUAAGGAAAUCAUAGACGAUAUCUUACACAACAAAGCUGACAUUUCGAAGUUGAUCAUUUCAAAGACGCUGGCGCCUAACUAUACUAAUCCUCAACCACAUGCUGUCUUGACUGAACGUAUGAAAAAAAGGGACGGUGUGGGGCCAAACGUUGGUGACCGUGUUGACUACGUCGUGAUAGCAGGUAAUGAUAAAUUGUACAAUAGAGCAGAGGAUCCAUUGUACGUGUUAGAACAUAACAUGCAAAUCGAUUCCAGAUAUUAUCUGACGAAUCAAUUACAAAAUCCAAUCAUCAGUAUUGUGGCCCCCAUUUUAGGUGAAAAACAGGCUAAUGCCAUGUUUGUCGUCAAAUCAAUCAAGAUUAAUACAGGUAAUAUGAAAGGAGGAUUAAUGGGGUUCGUGAAAAAAGUCGACUCUUGUAAGAAUUGCAAGGGACCAUUAAAGAAAGGGGAGGGACCUUUGUGUAGUAAUUGUCAAGCCAAAUCUGGAGAAUUAUACAUUAAAGCGCUUUACAACGUCAGAGACUUAGAGGAAAAAUUUGGCCGUCUUUGGACCCAAUGUCAAAGAUGUGCUGGCAGUUUGCAUAAUGAAGUGCUCUGCUCCAAUAAAAAUUGUGACAUCUUCUAUAUGAGAGUGAAGAUGAAGAAGGAGCUACAAGAGAAUAUUGAAAACUUGAGUAAAUGGUAA